GCCCGGGAAGUGGCGGCGGGGGUAGACGCCGCGGACCCCCGGCCUGGCAGCGCGGAAGCGCUGUCCGAGGCCCGCAGCUGGGGAGGGGAUCCCUCAGCGCGCUGGCGACUGAGAGCUGUUUUUUUCCGCGAAGAAUUUCGGUCAUUAGAAGAAAUGGCCAAUCAUCGUCCACCAAGUUUUUUUAUAGAAGAACUUAAUGUAUACUGUCAGAAGCACAACAUGGUACUUAAGUAUCAGGAACUGUCUAAGACAGGACCUCCACAUAACUUAAGGUUUAAAUACCAAGUUAUCAUAGAUGAGAGAGAAUAUCCAGAAGCUGAAGGUAAAUCGAAGAAGGAGGCCAGGAAUGCUGCAGCCAAAUUGGCGAUUGAAAUACUUAAUAAAGAAAACAAGGCAGUUAGUUCUGUAUCACUGCCAACAACACAUUCAUCAGAAGGAUUAGGAUUAGGAUCCACUGGGAAUUUCAUAGGCCGUAUCAAUAGGCUUGCCCAGAAGGAACAACUGUCUGUAAAUUAUGAACAAUGUGAACUGAAAGAACCUGGGCCUGAAAGAUUUCAUUAUAGAUGCAAAAUUGGACAGAAAGAAUACGGUAUUGGUGUAGGUAGUACUAAGCAAGAAGCCAAACAGUCAGCUGCUAAGCUUGCAUAUGAGCAGAUACUUUCAGAGAAAACCUCAAUGAAAGCUGACUCGGUAUUAGCUGGUUCUUUGAUUACUUCGCCUGGUGACUCUGGAAGCAACACUUUGGUGAAAAGCAUAUCUGCUCCUGAAUCACCAUCUGAAAAUGAUUUCUUGGAAAAUUCAUCAGGAGGAAGUUGUGACAGGGGCCAUGUAAACAAUUCUUCAUCUCCUAUGGACAAUGUCAGAAAUAGUGAAAAGAAGGUGAAAAGAAGUUUGGCACCUACAUUUAACUCUCCUGUGACAAAAGACAGCAGGUGUUCUGUGGAACUCAGGUUUACCAGCGAUUUUACAGAAAUAGAACCGAUUGGUUCAGGUGGAUAUGGCCAAGUUUUCAAAGCAAAACACAGAAUUGAUAGGAAGACUUACGUUGUUAAACGUGUUAAAUAUGAUAGCGACAGGAAGGCAGAGCGUGAAGUAAAAGCUUUGGCAGCUCUCAAUCACCCAAAUAUCGUUCACUACUACAGCUGCUGGUUUGGCGAUGAUUACCAUUCUGUGGACAGCAUUAACACUUCAAGACCAAAGACUAAGUGCCUUUUCAUCCAAAUGGAAUUCUGUGGUAAAGGGACUUUGGAGCAAUGGAUUGACAGCAGAAGAGGCCAGACACCAGACAAACAUUUGGCUUUGGAAUUGUAUGAACAAAUAACAGCAGGUGUGGAUUAUAUACAUUGCAAACAGUUAAUCCAUAGAGACCUUAAGCCAGGUAACGUGUUUUUGGUAGAUACAAAACAAGUAAAGAUAGGAGACUUUGGACUUGUGACAUCCCUGAAAAAUUACGCAAAUCGGACAAGGAAUACAGGAACUCUUCGAUACAUGAGCCCAGAACAGAUUUCUUUACAAGAAUAUGGAAACGAAGUGGACAUCUUUGCUUUGGGGCUAAUUCUCGCGGAACUCCUUUACAUAUGUCCCACUGUUUCAGAAACAUUACAGAUUUUUAAAGAGCUAAGGGACGGCAAGUUCUCAGAUGUAUUUGAUGGCAGAGAAAAAAUUCUUCUGCAAAAAUUACUGUCACCCGAACCCACGAAACGGCCUCAUGCAUCUGAAAUACUGGAGACUUUGAAGGAGUGGAGGAAUGUAAAAGAGAAUAUGAAACGAAGCACAUGUUAGAGCUCUUCUAAAAAAAGUAUCCUGCCUUGGAUAUUCAAUUUUUCUAUAACUGUCUAAAUUCUUCUAGGGACACCGAUUGGGUAUUUACCUUCUAUUUUUAUUUUCCUCUUAAUUUUUCACUAAAUUUUAAGAAGGUUUGAAUCUUUUUUUUUUUUUACUUCAAAAACAUUCAGACACUUUUCUUUUCCUGAGCUUAUCUUCUUAUUAUAAACAUAGGGGAGAAUAUCUCUCAAAUUUUUAAAAUAUUAGCAAAUCAAUUAAUAUUCAUUAAAUGUCCACUGUUUCUAGGCCAAAAAAUAUGAGAUCUCUCACUGUUUGAAAUAGCUAAUUUAGAGAAAUAUGGUACUCAUAAGAAGAUAAGUGAUAUACAAUCACUUUGGAAAACAAUUUGGUAUGAUCUGGUAAAGUUGAAGGUGUAUAUACCCUCAAAGCCAUCAGUUUGGUUCCUACAUGCUUGCCUACCAGAAUGUUCAUAGAAACCUUGUUCAUAACAGCCAAAAGAACAAAAAACAACGUACAUCACAAGAAGAAUGGAUAAACUGUAUUUUUUCAUACAUUGUAAUACUAUAUAGCAGUGAAAAUGAACAAUUAUAUAGCUAGGUGCAAUAACAUGAUACAUCUCUGAGGAACAUAAUGUUAAGCCAACAAAGCCAGUUACAGAAAACAUAUACAGAAUGAUUCUAUUUACAUAAAGUUGCAGACCACGCUAAAUGAAAUACUUUGUUUAGAAAUCCAAACAAAUGUGGUAAAACAAUAAAGGGAAAGAAAGGAAUAAGAAAUUCUACAUUUUGAUGGUGGUUUUCUGAGGAGGGAUGGAAGUGGUGUGAUAGGGGAAGUAAACUUCAGAGAUAACAGUUCACUUUGUUUUAAGUUUAUUUACUUUGGAGAGAGAGAGAGGAGAGAGAAUUCCAAGCAGGCUCUACACUUACAGCAUGGAGCCAGAUGUGGGGCUCGAACUCCUGAGACAUGAGAUCAUGACCUGAGCCGAGGUCAAGAGUUGGAUGCUUAAGCAUCAUGACUGAGUCACCCAGGCACUCCUCACUUUUUUUGUCUUAAACCAGAUGUUGCAUUCACUACUGUUUACUGUGUACUCUUUUUAUCUUAAAUACAUUUUGUAUCUAUUAGAACAAACACUUUAAAGAGAUAACUGUGCUAGAAGGCAGUAGGUAAGCACAGAGAAGAAUCAGUCUGGAGAAGUUUCCAGGAGAUCACUUUCUACUGAGGUAUCAUGGCAUACGGCUUAGAAGUGGCAUUCCAGUGAGACUUCUAAGUAGGCUAGGGAUUUAGACAAGUAGUGAGGAGCAAAUAUGGGCAGGAGUCUGGACAAGAGCCAUGGCUUGAGUUCUGGAAAAGAUAUACCUAAGAAUGUUGGGUAUACUUUGUUUCCCUGAAUUGCUGGAGAGAAUACCAGAAGAUAAUUUGGGUGACAUCUUGGAAAAAAACCUGAGGGAAAAAACCUGUCAUAUAAUUUUACAGUUUUUAAAGUGAGCCAAGUUUAGGCUAGGCAGAAAAGUCACAGAGAAAGGCUAUUAUGAAGGCUAUAGCUAUUUCUAAAAAGUUAUUGAAAGCAGUUAAUAUGGUUUUCAACUCUCAAUGCAGUAUUUGAUCAAGGCAAGGUUUAUCAAUGGAGGGUAAAACCAUUGGUUGAAAAGGUGUUGGGGAACAAGAUCUUCAAAGGAUUUAAAUAUAAUCCCACAGAUGAUAUAUCAGUUACAAGGGGGAAAGGGAAAUGUACCUUUACAAUGGAAAGACCUCCUGGUCUCCUUAAUAACCAUGUGAUUAAAUCAACAUCACUGAAGGUGGGACUGACUACCUAAUAUUAUGCCUCUCCUGAUGUAAGAGUUAUGUACUAUCACCUAUUUCGUUUUCUUGCCAAAGCAUUUAACUGGAACUCAAUCAUGAAAUUAUUAGACAAAUCUUGAAUUAAGUCAUUCUAUAAGAUAAUUACCUUGGGCUUCUCAGAAAGUCAAUAUCACACACAAAAAAGUAGAGGAAGUAUUCUAAAUAGAGACUAGAGAGAUAUAAUGACCAAAUGUGAUACUUGAACCUUGAUUGUAUCUUGGAUGUUAAAAAAAAAAGAGAUAAAAAAAAAAAAAAACCUGGAGCGCCUGGGUGGCUCAGUGGGUUAAGCGUCUGACUUUGGCUCAGGUCAUGAUCUCAUGGUCCAUGAGUUCAAGCCCUGCAUCGGGCUCUGUGCUGACAGCUCAGAGCCUGGACCCUGCUUCAGAUUCUGUGUCUCCCUCUCUCUCUGCCCCUCCCCCACUCACACUCCCUCUCUGUCUCUCAAAAAUAAAUAAACAUUAAAAAAAAACCCAUCAAAUUAUAAAAGACGUUUUGGGGACAGUUAACAUUUGGGUAUGGACUGCAUAUUAGAUGGCAUUAUAGAAUAAUUUUUAACUUUCUUAGGUGUGAUAAUGAUAUUGCAGUUAUGCAGGAAGAGGUCUUAUUCUUAGGCAGUGAAUGAGGAAAUAUUUAGGGGUGAAGCAGCAUGAUAGGGACAACUUUCAAAUGUUUAGUGAAAAUCACUUUGUAUGUGAAGGGAGAAAAAGCAAAUGGGGCAAAAUGUUAACAACUGAAUGACUGAUAAAUCCAGGAGGAGGAUAAAGUUAUUUAUGCACAUAUGUGAUUUAGCUUUUAUAUAUACACAUAUACAUAGAUAAGUGUGUGUGUGGGGGCAGCUACAUCAUUUGGGACCCAGUGAAAUGAACACAUGGGGACUUUGUUCAGUAAUUAAGCAUGGGUCACUUCUUGAAUAUGGAGCUUUGUACAGCUGCACAGGUUCCACAGCCGUAAAGCCAGACAUGUGUGAAGAUAUAUAUGUAUACACACAUAUAUACGUGCACAUGCAUAUGUAUCUGAGAUGAAAUGUUUAGAAGUCUAAAUACCAGCUUCUCCAAGACUCAAAUCAUCCAGGACCCUCACUAGAAACAAACUCACAACAUCCAUUCCCUACUGGAGUGUCCACCAUAACUUGAGGUUCCUGGCAUGUUAACUUUUCAUUAUGGAAUAUUGGAAUUCAUUGUGGAAUAUUUCAUUAUGGGAUAUUAUGGAAUAUUGAAUGAUUCUAAUAUUAUUCAUAUUUAAUUUAAUAAAUUUUAUGUUAAAGCAUACACAAAAACAGAAUAAUGAAACUCUAUGUUUCAUUCAUUAUUCAAAUAUCAAUAUUAUGCCUUCUUUGUUAUAUAUACCUCCUUCCUUUUUUUUUUUUAAUGUUUAAUCAUUUAUUUUGAAAGAGAAUGAGCUAGCUUGUACAAGCAGGGCAGGGGCAAAGAGAAAGGUAGCGAGAGACUCCCAAGCAGCUGUGCACUGUCAGUGCAGAGCCAGACAUGGGGCUCGAUCUCAUAAACUGUGAGGUGACCUGAACCAAAAUCAAGAGUCAGAUGCUUAACCGACUGAGCCACACAGGUGUCCCAACCCCCCUUCCUUUUUUAAAUUUUCUUCUACUGGAGUAUUUUAAAGCAAAUCUCAGUCCUUGUGUCAUUUCACUUGUAAAUACUUAAAAAUGUAUUUCUGACAUAAGAUCUUUUGAAUUUUAACAAAGCCAUGAUACAUUGUCAUUCAACAAAAUUAAUAUUUCCUUGAUGGUUGUAUAGUAACCAGUCUGUGUUCAGUUUUCUUCACAAAAAUAUAUUUUGGCCAGUUGUUUAAAUCAGGAUCCAACAUUGCAUUUAGCUGAUGUCUCUUUUGCUUUGUAACAUUUACCCCUGUUUUAAAUUUCUUUCCUCUUGCCAUUUAUUUAAGGACGGAACUAGAUCAUAUAUCCUGUGGAAUUUCCUUCAUUCAGGACUUGACUGAUGGUAUCCCCAUGGUGUCUAGUUAGGACUAGAAGCUUGAUUUGAUUCUGGUUCAAGUUUUUUCCCCAAGAAUACUGCAUAGAUGAUGGUGUAUACUUUCCUUGACAUCUCUUCAGGAGUAACAUAAUGUUUGGUUGUUUCAUUUUCAGUGAUCUUAAGAUUGAUCCGUGGGUUCUGGUGGUGUAAUCUACUAUAAAGUUUCUUUCCAAUCUUCCACCUAAUGGUUGGAGAUUGUUGUUUGGAUCCAUUAUUUCAUUAGGGGUUGCAAAAUAGAGAUUUUUGGAUUCUGUAAUCUUUAUCAUCUGUGGUUAUUCUAUAAAGAACUUUCUUUAAAGCAGAAUGGAAUAGAUGGAAUAAAUAUUUUAGAAUGAGUUGGUGCCCUGGUAACCCCCAAAGGCAACAAAUAAGGCUUUCGUUUUUUGAGCAGCGGUAUGACCCAGCCAGCUCUUUGAAACAGUUGUGUUUAGAAUGGGUUGGAGCAGGAGGAGACUAUAUUUGAAAGACCAGAAGGCUGAGAGGCUAAGACGGCCUGAAAGAUACUGGGGACAGAACCAAGAGGAGUCGGUGACUAGUUGUGAGGAUUAAGGAGAAAGUACCGCCAGAGAUUACCUCCAGGUUUGUUUGAAGGUGAGUAGCCAGAUUAGGAUGUAGGCUUCAAUAGGAUUAACCCCCAAAGAGCCACACAUAUUUGAGAGAUAUUUUGUGUCACACUUUUAUCUAUUAUACAAUUUUUCGUUAGGAUUUAAGCCAAUAGGAAGGCCACCGCACAUCUGUCCACGUGAUGAGGGGAGCACGUAUGGGGUGUAAAAUGUUAGCUCUCAUUUGGAGAUGCUGUUUGUGUUGCUGCCAGAAUAUUGAGGUGAAGAGGUCGAGCAGACCGUGGAAAACACAUGAGAGAGAGGAUGGAUUCAUACACAGAGUGAUGUGUAUAUUAUCUGGAAGUAACCCCUGAGGCUCAACUUUGAAUCCAGGGGAGAUUAUGCAGAGGAAGGCAGACUAAGGAACAAAGUAUGGCAAACACUCCAUUUAGGUAUUUACUCUUUAUAUCUAAAUGUCAACCCUGUCCUUGACGUCUGUGUGAUUCUCUAUCUGUAACUAUGGCCUGUCCCAAUCCUGCAUGUCCUCAGAACAGUCUCAGAUGAAGGGACUACAGUUGAUAGAUGUACAGUGUUCUCACUAUUGGUUUAAACUCUGACUAAAAACAGUAGAAGAGAUAAAACCGUGAGGCAAAUACCUCUCAAAUAUGUGUGACUCUUCAGGGGUUGAGACCUGUAUUAGUUUUCUAUGGCUGCUUUGAAAAACUACCACACACUUGGGGGCUUAAAACAACACUCAUUUAUUCUCUUACACCUCUGGAGGCCAGAAGCCUGAAGUGAGUUUCACUGGGCUAAAGUCGAGGUGUUGACAGGGCCAUGUUCCUCUGGAGGUUCCCACUCCAUGACCCAUGUUCACUGACUUACUUGACUAAGCUCCUGCCACACAGGUCAGCUGUGUUACCUGAAUAAGGUUUUGCACUCAAUGGCUCUCAACUACGGUUUCUACCUAAAAUCUCCUUCUUUUUUUAAUAACAAUUUUACUGAGAUAGAAUACAUACCAUACAUUUCACCCAUUUAAACUAUACAUUUCAGUGACGUCAUGUAUGUUGAGAGUGCAACCAUCACCACGAUGUUAUCUUUUUAAUCUUUAAAUUUUUUUUUUUUUUUUUUUUUUUUUUUUUUAGAGAGAGAGUGCACAGAGGAGGGCAGAGACAGAGAGACAGAGAGAAUCCCAAAGAGAUUUUUUUGCCCAAUCUGGACUUUCAUUUAAAUGGAAUCAUACAAUAUGUGGUCUUUUCCAUUUAGCAUAAUGUUUUUGAGGUUCAUCCAUGUUGUGGCAUGGACCAGGACCUCCUUCCUUUUUAUGGCCAACUAAUAAUCAAUUCUAUGGCUCUAUCACAAUUUAUCCAUUCAUCAGUUGAUGGACAUUUGGGUUGUUUCCACUUUCCUGCUAUUAUGAACAAUGCUACUAUGAAUAUUCAUGUGCAAGUUUUAUGUGGAUGUAUGUUUUCAUUUCUCUUGGGUAAAUACUGGGAGUGAAAGUGCUGGGUUAUAUUGUAACCCUUUCCUCAUAACUUCGCGUAUUGAAAUGACAUUCAGAAUCAAAUUCAGUGUGACUUCAUCAUGUUCCACUGUCCCCCACCCAGAAUGGAACAGUUUCCUAGUUCUGCUCUUGUCCAGUGCCUCAGUAUUAUGCUUACCAAUUUGCCUUGGGAGCUCAGUUUUCCCUGUGUGGCUCUUUCGAUGAAUUUCUGGAAAGCAGGGACAGGCUCUCUCAUUUUUGUCUACCCCAAGGCAGUGAGCCUACUGAUCUGCAUAAAGCAGGAACUCUGUAAAUGCUUUUGAAUCGGUGGGAAAUAAAAGUAUUAAGGAUUUCAUAUGCUUGAUCCUACAAAAUGUGUCUAAUACUAAAUAAUAAUGUUCACUUUCAAAUUUCAACAGUUAAAUGGCAAAUAACACUAAAAAAAGGGGUAUUUAAGGGAAACAAAUUUUGUACAUUAAAGUCUAUUCAUUUUGAAUUGUAGAAGCUCCAGUAUUUUGGAUUUAUAUUUUAGGAAAAUGAAAGACUUUAGAAAUUAUAGAUUGGACUUUGAAAAUAAACAAAGCACUCAAAAAAAAAAAAAGGAAACAAAGCACAAUAUAAAUAAAAGUAAAUGACAACACGACAUAUUAUGUUUCAAAUUUUACAUAAAUUUCACUGAAGCAAAUUCAAAUUCCCUAAAGCAAAUUUAAAAAUUCUAAUGUUUUGCUUAUCUUGGUUUUCAUUAUUGUCUAGUUUUGAAAUCAGUAAAGGCUUAUGUUAAUAAAAGUAAAUUUUUACUCAUA